AUGGUGUUCAAAAGUGAGCCGUUCGAGUACAAAGAUUCGAAUGGCGACGUUUUUGAGGGAUACCUCGCUUAUCCGCCGGACGCCAGCGCCUCGAAGAAAUACCCUGGUGUAGUGGUGUACCAUGCAUUCGGCGGGUGCACCGAGUUCGAAAAAGAAAAGGCGCAAGAAUUGGCAAAGUUGGGCUACGUCGCGCUUGCCGCUGAUGUGUAUGGCAAGGAAAAGAUCGGGCAGACGAAAGAGGAAAACUUUGCAAUUUGCAAAGCAUUGAUCGGAGAGCGAGAGACAACUCUAAAACGCCGUACUCUAGCCACGCUUGAUGCUUUCAGCAAGGACCCCCGUGUCAAUACCGACAAGCUCGGCGCCACCGGCUAUUGCUUCGGAGGGCUGAUUUGCUUGGAUUUGGCUCGGUACGGCGCCCCGCUAAAAGGAGUCGUCUCAUUCCACGGCACUCUGUUGCCGCUACCAAAUGCCGAGCACACGCCGAUAAGCACGGCCAUUCAGGUUCACCAUGGCGAUCUCGAUCAGCGGAUUAACGAGCAGAUACCCGCUUUCUUGGACGAGAUGCGAGCGCGUAAGGCUGAUUGGCACUUCACGACUUACAGCGACGCGGAGCACGGUUUCACCGAGCCAAAGGCUCAUCUCAUCGACCAUCCCGGCGUUUCGUACAACGCCAAGGCCGACAAGCGUUCCUGGGCCGCGAUGGUCAACUUUUUCGCCGAAAUUUUUGCC